GAAUUUUAGCAGAGAUGCAUUAACUACUUAUCCGGGUGUUGAACAAAUUAUAUUUACCAUUUUGAUUUUACUAUUUACCAUUGAAGAAAAACCUUUCUACUCGCCUUUUAUGGCAUUCCAAAAUACGAACAGAGUGGAAAAUAAAUCAAGAAUCACAAUGACCUUCCCUGAAACCUGGAUAUGAAACGAAAAGAUUGCAGGGAGAUUUCAAAUACUGGAAAACAACGAAAGUAACACACUCUGGGUCUGAAACAGACAUGGUAGAGGAUUUACCAAAAAUAUAGAAAUGUCAUCUUACAUCGUACUCUCAUAUGCUAAAAGAAAAGAAAUCGAAAAAGGGACUUCCGAUUACGAGGGGGUCAUUCUCUCGGCAUUCGUCCCAUGGUGAUUAUCAUUUAAAUCAGGACAAAAUCAUUACUCUUGAAAUUCAUUCUGGGUUUGCAACUUUGAUUUACGGCUGUUGUGACCAAUGCAAAACAUUAGAAGUUAUUGACAACCCUUGCUACAGUUACAAAUUCCCAUUUAUGACCUUCGAAACCAGCACAAUCCUCUACAAACAUUUGAUUGAACGUUCGGUUGAAACACGAGAACAAUGGCUGUUCUUCUCUAACGUCUGAAUCGUAUUCCUAUUUGAAAUCAAAUUGUUUAUUAAAUUUAAGAAAAAUAUAAUAAAAUAAAUUUUACAUAA